CUUCUCCGAUGUAUAUUUAUUUAUAUUGUCACUUAAGUAUAUGACAUUGUAAGAAAGUGAUUUGCACAUGGUAUCAAUUUAUCAUCGCUGCUAGUUUGAUGAAAUAACUCCGUAUACUCCUAGGUGCAGAAUUGCGGAAGUCUCUGAGAAGGUGAGACAGGUCAUUUGUUAAAAUGAGGAGAGAAUUAACGUGAUAAGUGGAUAAUGAUCGGAUACGAAUUCGUAUCUUUCAAGUGUCGUAGGCGCGCUGUCCCAUAUUCACCCUUCUGCGUCGAUAAAGCUGCGUGUUGGCAAACUUAAGAUCCGUUUUUAGUAUGCUCUGAUCUCUCGGACGCUCAGGUACGGUAAUAAGUGGCAUCGGAAAUCACGUUGUCAUCGAAAAUAAAUUUGUGCUUGGCGAAGAUAGCAGCGAGGAUUAUCAUCAGCGAUUAGUCACAUGAUGAAAGGUCACGUACUGUUGGACCCUAUCCAAGAGGCCAUGGGCUCUAUGGGUCCAUGGCAUAUCGUGAUCGCCGUGGUGAUUUCUCUCGUUAAAUUUCCAGUAGCUUGGCACCAGCUCUCUAUCGUGUUCCUUGCACCGCCUACUAAUUUCUCAUGCAUCGCUCCUUUGUCAGCAACUAACGACUCCAUGAUAAUGAAAUGUGAAGUUGAUGUUGGGAAUGGCACAAUAGAAGAGUGCACUGAAUUCAGUUACGAUAAGCGAAUAUUCCGAGAGAGCAUCAUAACGCAGUGGGAUUUAGUAUGUGAUAGAGAACAAUUGGCUAAUUUAGCACAAUCUUGCACAAUGUUUGGUGUGCUUGUUGGUAAUUUAAUUUUCAGUAUGAUGGCUGAUAGAAUUGGCCGAAAGAAACCGUUAAUAAUCGCAAUUGCACUGCAAUCGGUGACAGGAUUUGCAAGUGCAUUUGCACCAUGGUACGAAUUGUUCCUAAUACUCAAAUUUCUUUGUGCCGUAUCUACUGGCGGAACAAUGCUUGUCAGUUUCGUUUUACUUAUGGAGAUUAUUGGAAUUGAAUGGCGAUCGAUUAUGUCAGUUCUUUAUCACGUACCAUUUUUAAUCGCACAUGUAAUGAAUCCCUUGAUAUCUUAUUUGACACUUACAUGGUAUGGAUUUCAAAUGGCCGUGUCAAUACCAUCAAUUUUCUUAUUAUCAUAUUACUGGAUUGUUCCGGAAUCACCGAGGUGGUUACUAGCUAUAGGCAAAUACAGACAGGCAGAACGAAUCUUGCUGAAAGCUGCCGGAAGAAACAAGAUACCAGUGGAAAAUGUUAAGCUAGCGCUUGAAACUUAUGAGAAUCAGAUGACAAUCCGACACGCGAAGAAUAAUGAGAAAUACAAUAUCACGCAUUUAUUUAGAACCCCGAAUUUGAGAUUGAAAACUACAUAUGUGAGUAUCAACUGGUUCGUCUGUGGUAUCUGUUUCUUCGGAUUGGCGCAAUACAUGGGUCAUCUUGACGGCAAUAUAUUCAUCAACGUCGCAGUUUCUGCCGCCAUGGAAAUACCUGGAACCAUAAUAGUAUUGUUUCUGAUAUCGCGAGUUUCGCGUUUAAAAAUUUUAAUUGGCGGAAAUAUCUUAUCUGGUAUGAGUUUGCUUUUGAUAACUCUUAUAUCCAACGGAAACAUCCGGAUAUUUUUAGCUUCACUGGGGCUCGUGGGUAUGGCUAUUAGCUUUCCUACAGUAUACCUGUACAGUUGUGAAGUAUUUCCGACUGUCGUAAGAAAUGUUGGCGGGUUGGGAAGUACUUCUGCCAGGAUCGGAAGUAUAAUUGCACCGUUCAUUGUCACAAUGGGUACUAUUCAACCUUGGCUGCCUCCGGUAAUAUUUGGCAUAGCGCCGAUAUUAGGCGCUAUACUCUGUUUAUUUUUACCAGAAACGAUGAAUUACGAAUUACCAGAAACAAUAGAAGACGCCGAAAAUUUUGGAAAAGGAAAAUCCAAGGAAGAAUAUUGACUUGGUAACUGAUACGCGACAUACGCACUGACUUGUACAAUAAUUUACCAUAAUUAAAUAUCUUAAAAAUUAUGGUACGUUUUUAACCAUUUAAUUUUAUACAUCGACGUUUUUAUCAAGUAUCGAGUUUGUACAAAAGAUUGGUAUAAUUACACUUUUUUAAAAUGAACUAUCAUAAUCAUGUCUGAAAAGAAAGAGAAUUUUCAUACAUAAUUUGUACUGUUAUUAUAUCUGGAGACACAUAGUGUCUCGGCGCUAAGACAAGCGAAGCAUCAUGACGCGAGAUAUAUAUAUAUAUAUAUAUAUACAUAUACAAGACAUAUAAUACCAAUGUUUUGUAUCACAAAUUUUAUGUAACAAUUAUAUAUUUAUAUAAUGUAUAUUGCAUUUUAUGAUAACUUAUGACUUUAAAAAUGACCAACAAUAUUGCUUCUUAGUGUUCAAUUAUUAUAAAAGCAAUAUCUGUUGCCACUAUGCGCUCUGAGAUUCAAAUAUACAACAAAAUUUUGUUUAUCUGUUGUUGCACAACAGCUAAUCGAUAUACAA